UUCCGGUCUCCGUACUGGAAUGCUAACUGCAUGACGUCAUGCAUUCUACCGACGAGAGACUUUAUAGCUGACGCUUUAAAAAUUGUAACUUUUUCAGCUGCAAACUGCAUUUUUUUCUACAUUGCGACUGAAUAAGGAAUAUAUUAUGGCGCGUCGCGAAUAUUCAAAUCAAUACAAAAAGUAAUUUGGAGAAAAGACUGGACCAUCAUGUGAAGAAGAGAAAUAUUGUGGCCAGCAAUUAGAUGGAGGAACUGGAAGGUAAAGAGGAAUUCCACUGUGUUGGAUGUGGAGGAAAGAUUCAGGAUAGCUUCUACUUGAAGGUUUUAAAGGAAACAUGGCACAAUGGCUGUUUCCAAUGCUCGGAGUGCUGCGUCCACCUGACCAACUGGUACUAUGAGAAGGACGGCAAGCUGUACUGCCGUAGCCAUUACUGGGAGAAGUUCGGCGAGAUGUGUCACGGAUGCUCUCUGCUAAUGACUGGGCCGGCUAUGGUGGCAGGCGAGUACAAGUACCACCCAGAAUGCUUUGUGUGUUUGAACUGCAAAGUGGUCAUAGAAGAACAGGACACUUAUGCCUUGGUGGAACGCUCCAAGCUUUACUGCGGGAGCUGCCACCGGGAGAUAGUCCUGACGCCCAUGCUGGAGAACCGCUCUGCUGACUCCGCGCUCGACUCCCUGCCGCACACCGUCACCUUUAUCUCCAUGCCGGCCGCCGCCAACGGCAAGCGGGGCUUCUCGGUGUCCGUGGUACGGGACUGUGCCAGCGGCAAGGCUACUGUGCAAGUCAAGGAGGUUCGAGGGAUGCACAUCAGUCCGGAAGUGAGGAACGCCAUCCAUGUUGGUGAUCGGAUUCUGGAGAUCAAUGGCAUCUCUGUAGCUACAUUAAUGGAAGAUGAGAUGAAGGAUCUGAUCCACCGGACCAGUCAGACACUGCAGCUGCUCAUAGAGUACGACCCUGUCAGGCAGCGGCUGGACAGACUCCGCCUGGGGUCCUCGCACACGAGUCUAGGGGCACCCGCCACCUCUCGGAUGCGCCUCUCAUCACCCACCAAUGCUGUUCUUGAGAGGCGUGCCCCCGUUGACGACUGUACCCUGAACAGGAGGUCAUUAAGGCGCAGCAACAGUAUCUGUAAGUCUCCCGGGCCGACCUCACCGAAGGAGCGCCCCCUUCUGUCCGGGGACAUCGGGCGCUCAGAGUCGCUGCGCUCCAUGAGCAGUUGUUCUCACCGCAUCUUCCGGCCAUGUGACUUGAUCCACGGCGAAGUGCUGGGAAAGGGCUUCUUUGGCCAGGCCAUCAAGGUGACCCACAAAGCUACAGGGGAGGUGAUGGUUAUGAAGGAGCUCAUUCGCUGUGAUGAGGAGACGCAGAAGACUUUCCUGAAGGAGGUGAAGGUCAUGAGAAGUCUGGAGCACCCUCACGUCCUGAAGUUUAUUGGUGUGCUGUACAAGGACAAGAAGCUGAAUUUAAUAACGGAGUUUAUUGAGGGGGGAACGUUGAAGGACUUCAUCAGGGACAUGGAUCCCUUUCCAUGGCAACAGAGAGUCAGCUUUGCCAAAGGCAUUGCUUCUGGAAUGGCUUAUCUGCAUUCAAGGAGUAUUAUCCACAGAGAUCUCAACUCGCACAACUGCUUGGUUAAACUGGACAACACAGUGGUGGUGGCCGACUUUGGGCUUUCCCGCUUGGUUGUGGAGGAGAAGGUCCAACACCCCCCUCCGGAGAAGCCCAACACCAAGAAAAGAAUGUUUCGGAGGAUUGACCGCAAGAAGCGCUACACUGUGGUGGGGAACCCAUACUGGAUGGCUCCAGAAAUGCUGAACGGCAAACGCUACGACGAGAAGGUGGACAUAUUUUCAUUUGGGAUUGUCCUCUGUGAGAUUAUUGGCCAGGUUUACGCAGACCCAGAAUGCCUACCUAGAACCUUGGACUUUGGAUUGAAUGUGGCCAAGUUCCAGGAGAAAUUCCUUCCAGAUGAGAGCCCACCUGCUUUCUUCCCAUUGGCUGUGACUUGCUGUGACCUCAUCCCUGAGAACCGACCACCAUUUGAGAAGCUGGAGGACUGCUUUGAGGCCCUGGCCCUCAACCAGGAGAUGGGCAUCCCUCUGCCCGCCGAGCUGGAGGAGCUGCACCAGAGUCUGCCACACCUCCACGAGCCCCACGGAGCAGGGCUGAGGGAUACAGAAGGUGAUAGCAAGACCUAGCCCCCACCAGCCCCCUCCCUUCACACACACUAGAACCGCGUGUCUGUUUAUGCACUAAUAUGUCGUGGGGCACGAUGGACUUUGAUGUGUUUACAUAGUGGGACUGGUCCUCCUGUCGUAAGGACAAUGAAGCCUUCAGGAAACGGGCCAAAAAACAGGAUGGGAGGAGAGAAGCAUUUCAACAGGAAUUACUUGCUCUUAGUAAUGGGACUUGUUUUUUUUUAUAUAUAUCUCAUGCUGGAAUCCAGAUUUAAUGCCUCAAGCAGUGUGCCACUAUUUCAGUGAAAAUGCCGCCGUCUUAAUGUUUCUGACUUAAUGGUUCUUAGUUUGACCCCAAGCUGGGGACCUUUUACUGUCUUUGUUUUGUAUUAACCUCAAAGUGAAUGUGAUAUAUAUUGUUUUUUGUUAUCUAAGUGGGGUCGGCUACCUUGCUGAUAUCCGCAAUGGUCCAGGUCGCACUAAUACUCUGGACCAAGACUAGUGUAGCUACUGGCGACACCUGGUCGUCCAGCCCGUGAGGGCACAGCCCCGUGGAAAACUAGACAGACUCAUUUGUUGACAAUUGGUGUUGCCAUGGCAAGCGUAUAACCGUCUUAAACGAACGCACUGACGUGAUUGUUAUAGUAUAGGGACCCUUUAGCAAAAAGUUCUUUGAACUUUAGGCGUCACAGGUUUAAAUAAUAAAUAUUUAAUUGUGUCUUUGUAGGAAUGUUCAAUAUUAAGGCUCACAUAACUACCCACCCGCCUUAAAAUUUCAGAAAAGUCUCUUUUUCUCACACCAUUGUCAACUGGAGCAGUGUAAUUGUUUGGAGAAUUUGCACACGUGGCCCAGGUUUAACUCAUCUUGGGUUAUUUUCCACACUUCCUGAUCUCCUGUGCCAUAGAAAAUCACUGUCUUAUUGUUUUUUUAAUUUUUUAUUUUUUAUUUUUUUUUAAACGGACUUCAGUAAAUCCAAGUGGUUCUGAUUUGAAUAAAACUGGAUUGAUUUUUUGAUAAAGCAAAUUGUGUAAAAUAUACAGAAUGUUUUUAUGUAUAGGGGCUUCAAGAGGAAACUGGGUGUAUUAAUUUCUGGAGUAAUCAUUCAGAUGGAAUAUCAUGUACGAACACCUGUGAAUAAUUUUUGUUAUAGUUGCUACCCUUGUUUCUGCGGUACAAAUUGUAACCACUGUCCUGUGUAUCACUAUGGUGUUCUGUCACCAAACAGGAUGCUUAAUUAAAAAAAAAAAGAACAAACCAUAACAUUGAAGUUGUGAACAUGUUUUGACAAUCCCUUAAUGCAUGUUUUGUAUUGAAGUAAUUUCUUCCUUGGUGUUUCAAAAUGGAAAUAAAAAAUAAAAAUUAGUCAAUUAGAA